AUGACUCGACGUGAACAAGAACUCGCGGCAAGCAAGAAACAAGAUCUAUCCGCAAGCGAGAUUUCGGAACUCCAAUUCACGAAAGAGACGGUUCCAAUUAAAAGGGGUAGGCCUAGGAAGGAACCGCUAUCAAGUCAACAACAAGGGACGGGUUCCGUAUCCACACCAAAAGCCGAUGGAUCGGAGGUUCCAAAGAAAAGGGGGAGGCCUCCGAAGGUUCCAAAGAAAAGGGGUAGGCCGCCAAAGGUACCAACGUCAAGCUUGCAAGAACAACAAGGUGAGAAUUUCCAAGCCACACCCAUGGUCGAUGUAUCGGAGGUUCCAAAGAAAAGGGGUAGGCCGCCAAAGGUACCAACGUCAAGCUUGCAAGAACAACAAGGUGAGAAUUUCCAAGCCACACCCAUGGUCGAUGUAUCAGAGGUUCCAAAGAAAAGGGGUAGGCCGCCAGAUAAGGAAGCUAUAUCAAGUGACGUACAUCAAGGUGAAAACUUCGUAGGCAUGAGCAAGGUUGGUGUAGUUUCGGUUCCUAGGAGAAGGGGUAGGCCAAGGAAAUUUAAUCUCCCGUCACAUACCGAAGACAUUGGGAACGUACAGAUCGCAUAG